GUAGGUUUAAAGUGGCUCAGAAAGCGUAGGACUUAUAUAUAUUUGUAUAGCUUUUGGUCAAACAAAAUCCGUGUGCUGCUAUUGAAUUUAAAAACUACAUCUACAUUGCAACUAUGUCAGAGGAAUUCAUCGUCCGGGACCAGUUCCAAAUCCCAGCAGCAACGUCUAACGAAAGUCAGAGUUCGCUCGGAAACGAUCCGAAAAUCGAGCCGGAAAAGCAGAUGGUUUGUGAUGAAGUAGACAGCACGUUGAACAUUGGACGGUUAUUUGAGACAAAUUUCGAGGUUUCCGAGGAGGCGGACAUUUUGGAAGUUCCAGAGAAAGCGAAAGAUACCACAGGCUAUAACACACCAAAUGAACCAGCGCUGGAGGAGAUCUCGUUUGUAGAAGAGGAGGAGGAGCUCAGUUCCGGAUCAUCCUUUACAUCCUGUUGCUCGUACCGAUAUAUGCGAAAGUCGAUUCUCUGCAGGGAGAUACGUGACGCAUCCACCUUGAGUUUGGAUAGUGGCAUUGAUAUUGUUUCCCCAAUCGAUCGUUUUCUCAAUCGGGAUCUGGAAACAGACCAGGAUCAGUUGCAAGGAACUCCCUUAUAUCCAGGUAUUGAGAAAAGUAGCUCAUCCGUCCGGAUCGUAAUGGAGAAAAGAUCAAUGACUGUCUCUUCCGAAGAUAGCGACUGUGAUUGCGAGCUUAGCUUGGACGAAGUUCACCAACGCUUCUCGGCUUGGUUCAAUCACAACGAAAUAGACUCCGCUUUUUCCUGCUUUAUGCAGGCGGAUGAAGACCUGGACGGCUACAUAUGUCUGGGAGAGCUGAAGAGAUUCCUGGAAAAACUCGAGAGGCCGCAAACCCACUUGGCCGCCAAAAAUUUAAUGACCCAUGUGGUGGGAAAUCACGCGGUACGAAUGCACUUCUGCCAUGCGCUUCUUAUUUACGGAACUGUUUUAAACCGCUUGGAAUUAAAGAAGUGGCAUCUAUUGAAUCGGGAACGGCAGCGUUUGGCCCGAAGUAAAGCGGUAGACGUGUCCAAAGUGGGUGUUAGUGGUGCAAAACAAUUUUUCGAAGCCAAAAUAGCACUGCAAAAUGAUCCCUUACCAAUUAACUCGGAUCAAACGGUGGCCAGAGUUCCGGUUCAAACAUUGAAUAAGGAGGACACAGACCCUAGAAGAGUAAAUUUUAAGUCCGCUGCCGCUCUUUUUAAAAAGCUCGAAAGUGAGCAGUAGUCAAUUCGCGUGGAAGCCUUCAAUGCAAACCAUACAAUUCUGAAUCAAGAGUGUUGCGCCAAAUUUCCAGUUGAAUUACUACAAAAUUUUGAGUUUUAUUACAGACUGACCUUGUAUCUACUCCAUAGCUUUCCAUAAAUCAUUUGCCAAUAAAAAGCGAUCCAGGAACGCAAAC